ACUUUCUUCCUUCCCAAAAAAAUCCCAACCCAAACAGAGCGAGAGCACAAGUAGGGUUUUCUUCAACCGCCGCUCGCCGCCGUCUCGCUAGCUCAAGCUCGGAUCGACCCCCACCCGCCGCCGCAUUCGACCCCCGUCCCCCGAGACCCCUAGACGCGCGCGGCACCGAUGGGGCGCAAGAAGAACGUGGCCAUCGAAGACGACGAGUACUCCUUGCCGCAGGACGACGACCCCGCGCCGCCCGCGGAGAAGGAGAAGCCGCCGACGAAGAAGGGCGGCAAGAUGAGGAAGAAGGGCGGGAAGCCCGCCGCCGCGCCCGAGGACGACGACGACUACGAGCCGCCUGCGGGUGGAGGUGACGACGAUGGCGAGCCGACUGCGGGCGCCUCCACCGCAGGCAACAACGAUCUCGAGGACGACGACCUCGAUUUCGACUUCAGCAAGGCCAAGAAGCAGAAAAAGAAGCAGAAAAAGAAGGGUAUGGGAGCUCAGACACCCCCCGAAGAGGACGAGCAGGAGGCUGCCGCGCCCCCAGCUGCUGCCGAGGAAGAAGAGGAGGAGGAGGCUGCGGCCAUGGCUGCGAAGAAGCCGCAGAAGAAGAAGAAAAAGAAGGGUGGGUUCACGGUGGAUGAUGAGGACAUUGACAAGCUCCUGGCUGAGAUGGAGGAUCCCCCUCAGCCCACCCAGGAGGCUGAGCCAGAGGAGGCUAAAGGUGGGGAUUCUAUGGGUCCCCCUGAUGCGGAUGAUGCCGGAGGAAAGAAAUCGAAGAAGAAGAAAAAGAAAGGAGGGUUUACCGUCGAUGAUGAGGACAUUGACAAGCUCCUUGCAGAGAUUGAGGACCCGCCUGCUCCCGCCAAAGAGCUUGAGCCCAAGCCAGCGAAGGACGAGGCAUCUGUGGCUGCUGCAUCUAGUGUGGAUGAUGCUGAAGGGAAGAAAUCAAAGAAGAAGAAGAAAAAGAGCGGAAGGACAGCACAGGAAGAGGAAGAUUUGGACAAGCUUCUUGCCGAGCUUGGUGAAGGCCCAGCACCAGAGAAGGAGAAACCAUACCAGGCACCUCCUUCUGCUCCAGUGGUGAAGGAGGACGCGGAAACUGUGGAGGAUGCUGAUUCAGAGCAGAAGGUUGGGGAAGGAGAAGUGGAGUCUGCGGCAGCCAAGAAGAAAAAGAAGAAGAAGGAAAAAGAGAAGGAGAAGAAAGCGGCAGCAAAGGAGGCAGAUGCUAAGAAGGAGGAGGUAAAGGAGGCAGAGGUGCCUAAAGGGAAGGUUGACAUGAAGAAGCUCCCAAAGCACGUAAGGGAGAUGCAGGAGGCACUCGCGAGGAGGCAGGAAGCAGAGGAGCGGCGGAAGAAAGAGGAGGAAGAACGUUUUAGGAAAGAGGAGGAAGAGCGUUUGAGGAAAGAGGAGGAGGAGAGGAAGGUGGAGGAAGCAAAGAAGAGGAAGAAGGAGAGGGAAAAGGAGAAGCUGCUGAAGAAGAAGCAGGAGGGUAAGCUAUUAACUGGGAAGCAGAAGGAGGAAGCAAAGAGGUUAGAAGCCAUGAGGAGACAAUUCCUUGAGCAGAGUGAAAUUCAAGUAGCUGAUGGUGCUGCCCCGGAGACAAAGAAGAGGCCUAAGUAUGAUAAGAAGAAGAAAAAAGCUCAAACAAAGGCUGCAGAGUCUCUGAAGGUAGCUGAAGAAGAACAUCAAGAGGUAAAUGAAGCAAACAUUGAUGAGGAAGGAUAUGUAAUCGUGGAUCAGGAAGCUCAGUCUCAGGCGGAUGAAUCUGAGUUGAAAACCGAACCUGAUCAGGAGGUUGAAGAGUCAAAAAAAGAAGAGGAGGAGGAAGAUGAAGAUGACUGGGAUGCAAAGAGCUGGGAUGAUAUUGAUGUGAAUUUGCCGAAGACGAGUGCUUUCGAGGAGGAAGAGGAGAAGCCUGCUGCUACGAAGCCAGAAAGUUCUAAAGCGCAACCUGCAGUUCCAGCUGUGAAAAAUGUUGCAAUGCCCGUGGUAAACUCUAAAAAGAGUGAAGUGGAAGAUGCGGGUCCCAGUAAUGGGAUUGCUAAAAGGAAUAAAGGGAAGAAAGCUUCUUCUUCUAAAGAUGAUGACUCUAAAAAUGGUAGUGAUCUCCGUUCACCAAUCUGUUGCAUCCUUGGUCAUGUUGAUACUGGAAAGACAAAGCUGCUAGAUUGUAUUAGACGAACAAAUGUACAGGAAGGAGAAGCUGGUGGUAUUACUCAACAGAUUGGGGCUACAUACUUCCCAACUGAAAACAUUAGAGAGAGAACAAGGGAAUUGAAGGCUGAUGCUACUCUUAAAGUUCCAGGCCUGCUUGUUAUUGAUACUCCUGGCCACGAGUCCUUCAGUAAUCUUCGUUCUAGAGGCUCAAGUUUGUGUGACAUUGCUAUUUUGGUUGUUGACAUCAUGCAUGGGCUUGAACCUCAGACAAUCGAAUCCCUGAAUCUUCUGAAAAGUCGGGAUGCAGUGUUUAUCGUUGCUUUGAACAAGGUUGAUCGUCUUUAUGGUUGGAAGGCUUGUCCAAAUGCUCCUAUCGGGAAGGCGUUAAGACAACAAAAUGAAGAUGUUAAGAUGGAGUUCAAUAUGAGGCUUACUGAUAUUGUCACGCAAUUCAAGAUGCAAGGUGUGAAUACUGCUUUGUACUACAAGAACAAGGAGAUGGAAGAUACAUUUAACAUAGUGCCUACGAGUGCAUUAAGUGGUGAAGGCAUUCCUGAUCUGCUUCUACUAUUGGUGCAAUGGGCACAAAAGACGAUGGAAGAAAAGCUUACUUUUGUUGACGAAGUCCAGUGUACUGUGCUGGAAGUCAAGGUCAUCGAAGGUCAUGGUACUACAGUUGAUGUUGUGCUGGUCAAUGGUAUUCUCCAUGAAGGAGAUCAAAUAGUCGUGUGUGGCAUGCAGGGACCCAUUGUGACAACUAUCAGAGCUUUGUUAACACCACACCCAAUGAAGGAGCUUCGUGUUAAGGGAACCUACCUUCACCACAAGAAGAUCAGAGCUGCACAAGGAAUUAAAAUAUCAGCGCAGGGUCUAGAACAUGCAAUUGCCGGGACUGCUUUAUACGCUGUACGGCCUGAGGAGGAUAUAGAGAACCUGAAGGAUGCCGUAAUGAAAGAGAUGGCAACGGUUAGGAACCGGAUUGAUAAGAGCGGCGAGGGAGUCUAUGUCCAAGCAUCUACGCUUGGUUCUUUGGAAGCUCUCACUGAGUUCUUGAAGAGCCCUGCUGUGAAUAUCCCCUUCUGUGAUUUCAGCAUCGGGCCAGUCCACAAGAAAGAUGUUAUGAAGGCCAGUGUUAUGCUUGAGAGGAAGAAAGAAUAUGCAACUAUCUUGGCGUUUGAUGUCAAAGUGAUGCCUGAUGCCCGAGAUCUUGCAGAAGAGUCUGGUGUGAGGAUCUUCGUAGCAGAUAUAAUAUACCACCUUUUUGACCAAUUUACAGCAUACAUUAAGAAUCUGAGGGAAGAGAAGAAAAAGGAAAGUGCUGAAGAAGCUGUUUUCCCCUGUGUUCUCAAGAUCAUGCCGAACUGUGUCUUCAACAAGAAGGAUCCAAUAGUUUUGGGUGUCGAUAUCCUUGAAGGAAUAGCUAAGGUGGGAACACCUCUCUGCAUACCCACGAAAGAAUUUAUCGAUAUUGGGAAGAUUGCCUCCAUUGAAAUUAAUCACAAACAGGUUGAUAUGGCCACAAAAGGGCAAAAGGUGGCUAUAAAGAUUAUCGGGAGCAAUCCUGAUGAGCAGCAGAAGAGUUUCGGCAGGCACUUUGAGAUGGAAGAUGAGCUUGUCAGCCACGUUACGAGGCGGUCCAUCGAUCUUCUUAAAGAAAACUACAGGGAUGACUUGUCAAUGGAUGACUGGAAACUUGUUGUUAAGUUGAAGAAAAUCUUGAGUAUACAAUGAGAUUGCGAGCUUCGAGCCCUUGAAGUCAUCUGUUGGCAUGGAGCAAUUGCUUUUCAGAUUUUCACAAAUGUCGUCUACUCACAGUGGUGGUGAAUCUGACAAUGGUGACGUUUUUGCACCAUUACUUGGAACUUGAAUCGCAGCUUGAGAAAUUAAUCUUUCUUCCGCACCUUUAUACCCCUCAAGUUGCCCAUAGAGGUCUGCCAAUUUUGAUACGGUCUGAUUUUUGUAACUUUUGUAAUAACCGCAAGUUUUCCUUUCUCAAGGAGCCACAUGUGUCCUGCUAUUCAUGCCAUUAAUAUUUUAGCAUGGAUUCUUGAGUUGAGGACUUUCAUAAAGGCUGGUGAAUUUUCUGGCA